CUAGAACAAGCGAUGCACGUCACAUACAAUGGAUGGGGGCAAAAUGUUCAGCCGGUGGCCAGGGAGGGGAGGGAGUCCGGUCUCUCUACGCUACGCUACGCUACAUCUGCUGUGCCGUGGUGGGCUGUGACAGCUGUGGUACCAGCCGCACUCCGUCGAGAUGAAUCCACCGGAAGACGUUCCGUUGAAGCUUCAUUCAUUCAACCAUUCGACAAACCAUAAUAGCUUUCUUUAUCAACAGGCAGCAGACAGGCAAACAAACCACCGCAACCCUCGCCCCACUCACACACACACACACAGGUAGACAUGGAGCGUCUCCCUCCUGCGAUUUCAUUCAUCCAUCCAUUCAUCGCUGCUGCCGAAUUAUCUUACAGGCCGGCACCGCACACACAUACCAUGCUGCGCAUGCAAUAGCUAGUUACAGUGCUGCUUAGGAACAGGCAGGCACCAGAAGAAGGCUUCAUGACCUCUCUCUCUCCUCAAGCAAAGAUAGACAGGAGGGCAGGGCGAAUGAGAUGGGUUGAGAAGAAUGGGAGGGAGGGGCAUCUCUCCCCUCAGCCAGCCAGCCUGUCAGUCGAGCUAGUUGUUGGCCGCCGGAAUGACGCCCCGCUGCUCCAGCUCGUCCAAAAUGAUCUGAAGCCCCCGCAUCCAAACACACACACAUUCACACACAUACUCUGCGGGUCUGUAUGGAUGGCUGUCUACCCUACUCGACGCACCUGCACAAGCUCCUUCACGGAGUGCACGUCAGUCCGCAGGUCCAGCUCGGGCUUCUCGGGCGCCUCGAAUGGGUCAUCGAUGCCUGUGAAGCCCUUGAUCUCCCCACUGCGUGCCUUCUUGUACAGACCCUUCGGAUCGCGACGCUCAGCCUCCUGGACGGACGGACCAACGAGUGACAUGUAUGCCACACACAAACAGAGAGAGCCACGCACACACCCUUUCAGACGACUGACUGUGCUGUUGGCGAUGGCGUGGUGUGUGGGGUAGGUACCAGGUACCUCUAGUGUGCAGUUGAUGUGGGCCUCGAUGAAGGUGAGUCCGGCCUUGUCGUGCAGCUCCCGCACCUUGGCACGGUCAUCCUUGUAGGGCGAGAUGAAAGACGUCGUCACAACCAUUCCUUGAAAGGCACACCACACACAACACACACACAUGUAUAUGCAAAUCGCCGCAUUUUCGCCUCUUGGGGCCCACCGGCGUCAUUGAAGAGCUUGGCGACUUCGCCGAUCCUGCGGAUGUUCUCAGCACGGUCGGCUGCCGAGAAGCCGAGGUUCUUGUUGAGGCCGAAGCGGAUGUUGUCGCCGUCGAGCCGAUAGGCGUGUAUGCGCCUCUGGAUGAGCACCUGCUCCAGCGCCACGGCUACGGUGCUCUUGCCAGCACCGCUGACGCCUGUCAUCCAGAUGGUCGCGCCUUUGUGACCCAUCAGCGCCUCCCUGCCACGACAGGCAGACAGACAGACACUCGUGUGUCAGUCAGACUGAUGGGCACAAGACUUCGUUCUCUGUGGGCUCUCAGCGCUUGCCUUUCGUCUCGAGAGACGGUUCCAUCGUGCCAUGUGAUGUUGGUGGCUGCUCACACACACAGACGAAGGACAACACACACAAUGAGUUGUUUGGCAGGUGUCCUUCUGCCUGAUUCCCUCCCUCCCUGCCUGCCUCCCUCCCUCCCUCCCUACCCUUUUCGAGUUGGGGCGAGCCUGGGUUUGGGCUGGCGGCCGUCGAUGAGGCGCCCGUGGAGGAGCUCGUGCUGCUGCCCUGAGUCAUGGCCCCAACUAUCCAAUCCACCACUUCUGCCCGGGGUGGCACGUUCUCGGCCUCAACCCAACGAGGGAUUGGCAAAGCCCUUUCUCAG